AUGGGGAAGGACCAGGAACUGCUGGAAGCUGCUCGCACUGGGAAUGUGGCUCUGGUGGAGAAACUCCUGUCUGGGAGGAAAGGAGGGAUCCUGGGCAGUGGAUCUGGAGCUAUUCCCUUAUCCAGCUUGCUGAGCAUCUGGAGAGGACCAAAUAUAAACUGCACAGACAGUUCAGGUUAUACUGCUUUACACCAUGCAGCUUUAAAUGGACACAAGGAUAUAGUUCUCAAAUUACUUCAGUAUGAAGCAUCAACUAAUGUGGCAGAUAAUAAAGGUUAUUUUCCUAUUCACUUGGCUGCUUGGAGAGGCGAUGUAGACAUUGUGAAGAUUCUCAUCCAUCAUGGGCCGUCACACUCCAGAGUGAAUGAACAGAACAACGAAAAUGAAACAGCAUUGCAUUGUGCAGCUCAAUAUGGUCAUUCAGAAGUAGUUGCUGUUCUGUUAGAAGAGCUCACAGACCCUACAAUAAGGAACAACAAACUAGAAACACCUCUCGAUCUGGCAGCACUUUAUGGGCGUCUGCGAGUCGUAAAAAUGAUCAUCAAAGCAUAUCCGAACCUGAUGAACUGUAAUACAAGGAAACACACACCUUUGCAUCUCGCUGCACGUAAUGGCCACAAAGCUGUUGUACAGGUGCUUCUGGAGGCUGGAAUGGAUGUCAGCUGCCAAACAGAAAAAGGGAGUGCACUGCAUGAAGCAGCCCUAUUUGGAAAGGUGGAAGUAGUACGCAUUUUGCUUGAAACAGGAAUUGAUACCAACAUAAAGGACAGUUUGGGCAGAACAGUCCUAGAUAUCCUUAAAGAACAUCCAUCUCAGCAGUCACUCCAAAUUGCUGCUCUGCUUCAAGAAUAUAUGGAAACAGGAAAUGCAAGUUUUUCAGAGGAACCCCCACUGGAAUGCGCAGAACUUCAGUCUUGCAUUUUGUCCCCAGAAGUUUCUCCGUCUCCAAAGGCUAAAAGUGAAGCUGUGACUGGAGAAUUAUCAAAGCUCCUAGAUGAAAUCAAAUUGUGCCAGGAAAAGGAAUACUCUUUUGAAGAUCUGUCUCAUACUAUAUCAGACCAUUAUCUGGACAAUUUUAGUAAAUUAUCAGAGGAAGAAUUUGUGACCAGCGGAAGCCAAACCAAGCUUAAUAUAAGGCCUUCUUCAACAUGUCUGUCAUCGAGAGAGGAAGAAGAAGAUGAUGUAGGUGAAAAUACUUGCGGUCCUUCAGGUUUAUGGGAGGCUUUAACACCUUGUAAUGGAUGCAGAAACCUCGGAUUCCCCAUUCUUGCACAGGAGUCUUAUUCAAAGAAGAGAGUUUACGCAUUGGAAGCAAUACCCUCUGUUCCUCUGGAUGCAGUUCCUUCAGAAAACAUCAACAGUCUUUGUGAUUCAAUAGACAUAGCAGUGACCAAAAAACCUUGUUCCCUAGACAUAGCAAGAAUACCUUCCUCAAGACAAGAUAAUGCACCUCAGGUAGCAAUUACUGCACCAGGAUCUGGUAACCAUAGAAACAGCUCUACAGGCCCAACACCUGACUGUUCUCCUCCAUCACCAGACACUGCCCUUAAAAACAUAGUAAAAGUUAUACGUCCUCAGCCCAAGCAGCGCACAUCAAUAGUAUCUUCUCUGGAAUUUCACCGACUGAAUCACAGCCAUGAUUAUUUUGAAAUCAACUCAUCCAUUGGCUGUACAAGUUUUAUUUCCACUCCUGCAGUCAGUCCAGCUAAUUAUUCCUUUGGAUCUGUGGAAGACAGUAUUGAAGAGAGAGAACUUCCAGAGUGUCUUUGCCAAGGAGAAGCAUCCACUGAAAGUGAGCUUCCUGAAGGACACCCUGCUGAGCAGUUUGCAGGUUUGCUUCAUGGAUCAUCACCUGCCUGUGACCCACCUGCUAAUCCACUCCAGCUGUAUAGCAAAACAAACCAGUGCAGUGGUCCAGUGGAGAAAAGCAUUUUGAACAAGAACACAGUACAGCAGAUACAGCUGCGGAAAGAAAACCCCACCGAUCCUCCUGUAAAGAAAAAAAAGCCGCAAGUUGUAAACAGAACCAUAUUUCAUACUAAAACUAAACCAGUGGAAAAUCGUACACUGGUUGGCACAACAACAAGGUUAAAUGAACAAUGGGUUAUUACUACUGGGGGAUUUGUGGAGCGAGCAUGCACGCUUGGGAGAAUACGUUCUUUGCCAAAGACUUUGCUUGAAAUGCAUUUAUGCAAAAAUGUCUCAAAAUCUGAUUCCAAUCUUAUCUCCCAUCCACCAAAUGACAAAAAAGCAAGAAGCAACUGGAGUGAACCCACACCAAAUCAGCAGUGCUCUAAAGGAAAUUCUGAAAGAACACCUUCCUUCACAUCAGAGUGGGAAGAAAUUGAUAAAAUUAUGAGUUCAAUAGAUGCUGGAAUUAAUACUGGACUGGAGGAGAUGAAUGAUCACUCUACAAGACCCCGAUGCCCUGUCCAGACAGUGGGACAAUGGUUGGAAAAUAUUGGGCUACCUCAGUAUGAAAACCACUUGCUGGCUAAUGGAUUUGACAAUGUGCAAUUUAUGGGAAGCAAUGUAAUGGAGGAUCAAGAUCUAUUGGAAAUAGGAAUACUUAACUCUGGACACAGACAGAGAAUUCUCCAAGCAAUCCAGCUUCUCCCAAAGAUGAAGCAGAUUGGUCAUGAUGGUUACAACCCCACCUCUGUAGCUGAAUGGCUGGAUUCCAUUGAACUGGGUGACUAUACCAAAUCCUUUCUAAUUAAUGGGUAUACAUCGAUGGACCUCGUAAAAAAAAUCUGGGAGAUUGAAUUAAUUAAUGUCUUAAAAAUUAGCUUGAUUGGCCACCGGAAGCGCGUUCUGGCCUCCUUGGGAGACAGGCUCCACGAAGAUCCUCCUCAGAAGCCACCUCGCUCAAUAACCCUCAGGGAACCCAGUGGUAACCACACUCCUCCUCAGUUGUCUCCAUCACUUAGCCAAAGCACCUUCACUACUGGUGGCUCCCUGGACGUUCCCCAUAUUAUCAUGCAGGGCGAUGCAAGGAGAAGAAGAAAUGAAAACUAUUUUGAUGACAUUCCCCGGUCAAAGCUGGAGAGGCAGAUGGCACAGCAGUCCUCUGUCUGUGAGAUAUGGACCAACCAGAAUGCAGGAUAUCCUUUCUCAUCGAUUCAUCAGGUUCAUAAUACAGGAGAUUGGGGAGAGCCUUCAAUUACCUUGCGACCUCCAAAUGAAGCCACAGCAUCAACACCUGUACAAUACUGGCAACAUCAUCCAGAGAAACUCAUCUUCCAGUCGUGUGAUUAUAAAGCAUUUUAUUUAGGUUCUAUGCUGGUAAAAGAGUUAAGAGGCACAGAGUCAACACAGGAUGCUUGUGCAAAGAUGAGGAAGUCUACAGAACAAAUGAAGAAAGUACCAACUAUUGUGCUGUCUGUCUCUUACAAGGGAGUCAAAUUUAUUGAUGCCACAAAUAAGAAUAUUAUUGCUGAACAUGAAAUCCGUAACAUUUCCUGUGCUGCACAAGACCCUGAAGACCUUUCUACGUUUGCGUACAUCACUAAAGACCUGAAGACUAAUCACCACUACUGCCAUGUAUUCACUGCGUUUGAUGUGAAUUUAGCGUAUGAAAUCAUUCUUACACUAGGACAAGCGUUUGAGGUGGCCUAUCAGCUGGCACUACAAGCACGAAAAGGGGGCCAUUCUUCAACCCUUCCAGAAAGCUUUGAGAAUAAACCCACCAAACCUAUUCCAAAACCACGUGUUAGUAUUCGGAAGUCUGUGCAGAUAGAUCCAGCCGAACAAAAGACUCUUGCAAAUCUACCAUGGAUUGUUGAACCUGGACAAGAAGCCAAAAGAGGCAUUAAUACCAAGUAUGAAACUACAAUUUUCUGAUACAAAACUGACCCCCUGUUCCUUGUUGUGCCUUGCACUCCAAGCAGUCACAGCACAGCCUUUCCUUUACGGCAACGUUUCAACCCGGCAGCGAGGAAGACUGCACCGCAUGAGUGGCCUUGUGCCUAACAAAAAGGCUGAUAGUCAUUUCUGGUGAUGUUCUUCUUCCUGCAGCACUGACAGAAGAAUGACACUAUAUGAAGACUUUUCAAAUCACAGUCUACAAGAGGAGUGAGAAAAAUUAUUUUUCACGCGGUUCUCCCUUGUGACUCUGCCACAGUGCUUUCUUUGGUUUCUUAUUUUAGAAUUCUACUUUUUAAAAAACAAAAGGUCUCUAAACUACCAGUAAUGCUGCCUAUGAGUAGAAUAUUUAAUUGGUUUUUUAUUUAAAUCUUGGCAGUUUUUAAUUGAAAUAGAACCAGAAUUAAUAAAUAGAGUAUUUGUGAAACCACUGAAUUCAUUAAUAACUACUGUAUUGAAUAAAGAACUCAUUAAAGUGACAAGAAAUUAGGUACUCUGAUUUUAUGUGCGCUGGUUUUAUAUGUAAUCACUGGUGUCCUUUGAUCCUCUACAGAAAUAGAAGCCUCUUGCAUUGUGACAAAGGAUCAGAGUUUUAUGAAUGGUUAUAAAAAGGUAUUAAUAAUGCACAGAGAACAUUUCUUUUAUUAGAUAUUUUUAUGGAAGAGAAGUACUAUAGGAAAACAUAGGAAUAUUUAUGGAAAGGAAGCUAGAUUAAUUAUGAAAAAUAUUGUUUAUUUUAAAGUUAAUUAAACCACUGCUAUUGCAGCAUUAUGGAAAUUAUAAAAGUUGUAGUAUCAGUGCACGGGAUGUUUCAUGUGAUCAUCAGGAAUGAAAGUAAAAUGGUCAUUCUGCUCCACCUACAUAUAGUUUAUGCAGUUCAACAUUGCUAUAGCCAUGAAUUCUACUAGUAUUUUGAAAAAUAAUCUCAGUGGUUCUAAAAAACAAAAAAAUCAAAACUAUGAAUUUUGCUAUCAAGAUUUCUGUCACAGAAAACUUGUUUGAAAGAGUGUUGAUAAAAUUCUACUGCAAAACAUUUUCUAAGUAAAAAUAGCAAGAAAAAUAAAAAAUUUCCAAAGUAAUAAAAAUGUUUUC